AAUAUGAGCCAACCGGGACGGACUCAGAGCUGCGCAGUGACUGUGUAACGCUAGUACGAGCUCAAUCAUGGCACUGCUUUGCAGAUCUACUGGGUUACUUCUCAAACAUAGUAAAUUGGUGCCAUCUGCAUUGACAGCAGCAAGGCAGUGCAGUUCAGGUGGCCAAUAUCAAUACAUACUGGUUGACAAAAAAGGUGAAAAGAAGAAUGUGGGUUUUAUCCAGCUGAACAGACCCAAGGCUCUGAAUGCCCUCUGUGAUGGUCUGAUGAUGGAGGUGGGCAAAGCCCUUGAUACAUUUGAAACGGAUGGGGAAGUUGGAGCUAUUGUCAUCACAGGGAGUGAGAAAGCCUUUGCAGCUGGAGCUGAUAUUAAAGAGAUGCAGAACAGAACUUUUCAAGAGUGUUAUGGGGGCAACUUUCUGGCUCAUUGGAACAGAAUAUCAACAGUCAAAAAGCCUGUUAUUGCUGCCGUAAAUGGAUUUGCUCUUGGUGGAGGAUGUGAAUUAGCCAUGAUGUGUGACAUAAUCUAUGCCGGAGAAAAGGCACAGUUUGGACAGCCAGAAAUCAUGCUGGGGACCAUCCCUGGUGCUGGAGGCACUCAGAGGCUUACGAGAGCAGUGGGCAAAUCUCUUGCGAUGGAGAUGGUUCUGACGGGAGACCGAAUCUCGGCUCUGGAGGCAAAACAGUCUGGUCUGGUGAGUAAAGUAGUCCCUGCAGAGCAGCUGGUGUCAGAAGCUAUCAAAUGUGGAGAGAAAAUAGCUGCAAAUUCCAAACUGGUUUCAGCCAUGGCAAAGGAAGCUGUUAAUGCCGCAUUUGAACUGACUUUAGCUGAGGGCAAUCGGCUUGAGAAAAGAUUGUUCCAUGCAACCUUUGCCACGGAGGACAGAAAGGAAGGCAUGACCGCCUUUGUUGAGAAGAGAAAGGCUGCUUUCCAAGACAACUAAAAUUCCAGUGAAAUUACGGUGAUUUAAAAAAAAAUCAAAUGCUGAUAUUAAAUCGCUCAACUUUGCCUUAACUUUAGUGUUUUUUAUAUCAAGUAUUUGUGACUAAUUCAAAUGAUAUGUUUCAUCAAUUAAAUAUAUAGGAAAUGCCUUUGUUUAGUAGGCUCGCACUUAUGUUUUACAGGUAGUUAAAAAAUAAAAUAAAGUCUUCUUCUGUAAUGA